AUGGCCGCAGCAGUAGCAGCUUUUUUAUUGAUGCAGGAAGAAGUUUCUGAGAAGGUGAAACGGAAAAUUUUAAGAGACCGCAGCAAUCCGUUGGAGCUGCCAGAGUCAGCAUUCAUUGCACAAUAUCGCCUGAACAAAGACGCAUUCAUUAUGGUGCUAGAUAUCGUAAAACCCCACUUGCCUGCAUCUAGCAUUCCACCAUUGCUAAAGCUAGCGGCAGUCUUGCGAUUUAUACCAGAAGGUUCUUAUCAGUGGUCGGUUGGGAAUGACUCUGGCAUAAGCCUAGGUAGAAGCACAGUGUCACUAGUUCUGAGUGAAGUGCUGAAAAUUAUGGAACGUUUAAUUUGCCCUCGUUGGGUGAAGCUUACAAUGGAUAGCAAUGAGAAGCUUAAAUCGAGAAAUUAUUUCUACAGCAAAUUUAAGAUUCCCUCUAUCAUUGGCUGCAUCGAUGGGACACACAUUAAAAUUAUAAAGCCUAGUGUGGACGAGCAUUUAUUUUUUAAUCGCAAAGGAUAUUUUAGCAUGAAUGCUAUGAUUAUAUGCGACAGCGCUAUGAAGAUACGUGCGGUAGAUGCUCGGUAUCCAGGCUCCAGCCACGAUGCAUUCAUCUGGAAUAUUAAUGACGCACGGCAAAGUUUCCUUAGGGAGUACGAAUCGGGCGAUCGAGCAUCAAGACUUUUAGGAGAUUGUGGAUAUGGCAUUGAGCCCUUCCUUUUGACACCAUAUAGAGACGCAUUGCACAACUCUAAAGAGUACAAGUUCAACAUGGCGCACUCUUCAGCUCGAAAUAUUGUGGAGCGUACUAUAGGUGCGUGUAUUAAAAAGCCGUUUUCGAUGUUUAUUGGGGACGUUGCACUAUUCCCCGGAAAAAGUAAUACAGAUUGUCAACGUGUGCUGUGCAUUGCACAAUAUCUGCAGAAGCUACAACAUUAA